AUGGACAGCUUUCGGAAAGCCUAUGGAGCUCUAAAGGACACCACCAAGGUUGGAUUAGCCAACCUCAAUAGUGAAUUCAAGGAUUUGGAUAUCGCGGUUGUUAAGGCAACUAACCACGAUGAAAUUCCUCCCAAGGAAAGACAUGUUAGAAAAAUAUUUGCAGCAGUAUCUAUUAACCGUCCGCGUGCAGAUGUUUCCUACUGCAUUCAUGCACUUUCAAGAAGAUUGACAAAAACGCGUAAUUGGAUUGUGGCGGUAAAGGCAUUAAUAGUGAUUCAUAGGUCAUUAAGAGAGGGUGACCCCACAUUCCGAGAAGAACUGCUACAAUUUUCUCAUAGAGGAAAAUUAUUUCAAAUAUCUAAUUUCAAGGAUGACUCGAGUCCGCUUGCUUGGGAUUGCUCAGCUUGGGUGCGCACCUACGCAUUGUUUCUUGAGGAAAGACUCGAAUGUUUUAGGACAUUAAGCUAUGACAUAGAAGCUGAGAGAGCACCCAAAACAGGCCCAGGAAUGUCUAAGGCGUAUAGCAAGACACGACUCUUAAGUUCCGAUGAGUUGUUACAUCAGUUGCCCGCAUUACAACAACUUCUGUAUCGUUUACUCUGUUGCCAGCCUGAAGGAGGAGCAUGCCACAACUUCCUAAUCCAGUAUGCUCUUGCCCUGGUCUUAAAGGAGAGCUUCAAGAUAUAUUGCUCUAUAAAUGAUGGGAUUAUUAAUCUAGUCGACAGGUUUUUCGAGAUGCCCAAGCACGACGCCGUUAGGGCUCUAGAUAUCUACAGAAAGGCUGGAAAACAGGCAGAGCACCUAGCUGAUUUUUAUGGCUUCUGCAGAACAUUGGAACUCGCUAGAACCUUUCAUUUCCCCACACUUAGACAGCCUCCUCCGACAUUUAUAGCAACGAUGGAGGACUAUGUUCGGGAAGCGCCUCAGGCUGGUUCUCUAUCGAAUAAGAGACUGGAGUACCGAGAGACAGUACAUGAACCAGAACUGGAACCAAAAGAAGAAGCCGAAGAAGAAAAUGAGAAAACUAUUGAAGAAGUUGAUAGCACUAAACAAGACGUGAAAGUAGAAGAAGAAGAAGAUGAUGAAGCAGAAUCACCGGUCAAACAAGAAGAAUCUCCACGUCCACCAUUAGCUCAAGAGCCUCUUGAUCUCCUUGGGUUGAACGAUGUAAAUCCAGAAGCUUUAAAAAUCGAGGAAAGCAACGCAUUAGCUCUUGCAAUUCUACAACCUGAUCCCAAUCCACCAUCUUCAAGUAAUUCACUAGCCGAGUAUGGGAACACUAGUGGUUGGGAGCUCGCCCUUGUUACGGCUCCCAGCAACAUCAAUAAACCCCAACCAGCCACUACCCAAAUGGCUGGGGGCUUUGAUAAACUACUUCUUGAUAGCUUGUAUGAAGAUGAUACAGCUCACCGGACGGUGCAACUACACAGUGCGGGAUACAAUGCGUCCUAUGACUAUGAUUACGUUCCAAGUGCAUCGCUCAGUCAGCCGCACGACCCGUUUGCAAUGUCCAAUAGCAUUGCGCCACCUACCAACGUGCAGUUGGCACUCAUGUCCCAACAAGAACAAAUGAUGAUGAUGCAACAACAACAACAACAAGGGUUGGGUGGGGCCCACAACCCGUACACAUCCCAGUUUGCUGCACAACCGCAUAAUGGGCCAUCAAACCCAUUUGGCGACCCAUUUGGCUACUCGCACCCGCCCCACAGCAACAACACAUUGAUUUAG